ACGCUGUUACGAAGACUACGAAUGUGUACUGCUAAAUCGCAAUCAGCAGAGGCGGUAGACGUCCCGCAUUUUAUCCACUUGUGUACUCCCGCUUCUCGGUGACGAAUUCCUCCGCUUCUCAAUGUGUAGUCGCUUUGUACGGUUUUCUAAAGAUCAAACUUUCCUCUUCCAGUGCGAUAAUUGAUGUUUGUAAUCCAAAGUGAGCUCUUGCGCUGAACGGACGAACCCUCUGCAUCGCAGUUUAGAAACCGAACAAAAUGGUUAGAAUUUUGGUGAUAUGCGUGGCAGUGCUUGGCUGCCUGAAACCCAGCAUCGGCCAAGAGGGUGUGAAAACUUGGCAAAAAGGAGGUGGUGGCGUCAAAGGCGGUCACAUGGUGGCUCUUAAUCAUUCCAUCGUUGUAGAGGACCAUCCUGUUGGAACGAUGGAUAUGGUAAACCUGCAUCGUGCUAACGAGUCGCAAAGUGCUCUUGAUCGGUUCAUGAAUAAAACCAAAACUGCGAUUCCGAAAGGAGUCUGUUUCGAAGAGGUGCCCACCAUCACACUGGUCAAAUCAAAGAACGGACUUAUUCCGGCCGGAAAUGGGUCUGAUCCUUCGCUGAGCCGAGUUCAAGUGUGCUGCAAAGGCUACGAACGGAACGUCCACAACUUCCGCAAGUGUGAUCCGAUCUGCAAAGAACCGUGCUACAAUGGGCUCUGCGUGGGACCGAACACUUGCGCUUGCUAUCCGGACUUCGUGAACAACCACCAGGGCAAGUGUGUCCCGACGUGCCCGAUCGGGUGCGACAACGGCGAGUGCAACUUGAAGCUGGACGUUUGCGUGUGCAAGAACGGAUUCGAGCUGGAUCAAACGCAUAAAUUUUGUGUGCCAAGCUGCAGCGGUGGUUGCGGUGCCGGACGAUGCGUAGCCACGGAUAAGUGCGAAUGUGACGAAGGUUAUGGGGUGGACGAGGACGGCAAGUGUGUGCCGAGGUGUGAACCAGAUUGCAUCGGAGGAGAGUGUAUUGCGCCGGGAGUGUGCCAGUGUAAACCGGGAUAUGAAAAAACCGAGGCGGGGUGUGAGCCGAUUUGUUCGGAUGGAUGCUUUAACGGAGUUUGUACCGCUCCUGAAACAUGUACCUGCAAACCGGGUUACAAAAUGGGUCUCUCCGGAAACAAGUGCGACGCCACAUGUGACAGUCCUUGUUUGAAUGGUGUCUGUACGGGACCCAACACCUGCUCGUGUCACCGCGGUUACAUCCUCGAUGAAUCGAACAUUUUUAAGUGCCUCCCACAUUGCCCCAACGGAUGCCCCAAUGGAGUCUGCUCGGGACCGAACAUGUGCCUGUGCAACGCCGGCUUCAUUAAGGAUCGCAGCUUGAAAGGAAGUCAAGCCUGUGUAAAGCGUGUCUACAAGAUAGAAUACGUGAGGAAAAACGGCAAAAAUGUGAUGGUCGCGCGCAACAAAUGCUGCAAAGGAUACGUCCGCAGCAAAAACAAGUGCAAUCCGGUAUGUACGACGCCAUGCGAAAACUCCAAAUGUACCGCACCAAACUAUUGCACGUGUAACGAUGGAUUCGAGAGAUUGUCCAAUUUUAGAUGCAUUCCGCACUGCAAAGGCUGCGACAACGGAUUCUGCAUCAAACCGGGCUACUGUCAGUGUAACACCGGAUACUAUCACGCAAUGAACGGAAGCUGCCUAGCGGAGUGUAACAACUGUGGCGGCGAUGCGGGAUACUGCUUGGAACCGAACGUUUGCCUUUGUAGAGAGGGCUACGAAUUGCGUUCCGUGAACGAUCGACAGAUCUGUGAACCCGUUUGCGACGAUGGAUGUCCCAACGGAAGGUGCAUAGGGCCGAAUGAGUGCCUUUGUGAUUUGGAAUAUGAAAAAGAUGAAUUGGGGAAAUGUGUUAUGGACCGGAUAAGCACAACGACUGUCGAACCUUGUGAGAAAGGUUACGAGGAUAUGAACGGAACGUGUGUUCCGAUCUGUAAUGAGCAGUGCAUCAACGGGGAAUGCGGUGCACCGAAUCAGUGCGAAUGCUAUGACGGGUAUUCCAAUGAGAACUCAACGGGGUACCAUUUGUGUCAACCAGUUUGCUCCAAUGGUUGUCAAAAUGGGAACUGUAUUGCUCCAGGGAAGUGCAUUUGUCACAAGGGUUACGGGAAAAUCGCAGAUGAAUGCAUUGCGCUUUGUGAAAAGUGCUCUUUGGGUCAUUGUGUUCGCCCGGAGGUGUGCGUCUGCGAUAGAGGCUAUGAUUUGAUUGCAGGUGAUUGCGUUCCGAUAUGCGAGGAAGAGUGCAAAAACGCCAGGUGUACCGGGCCGAAUUCGUGCACUUGUUUGCCGGGAUAUAACUACACCGAUAUCAACUCACUGUUCGAGUGCUUGCCGGUUUGCGAAGACGAUUGUGAAAAUGGGGCUUGCGUAGCACCGAACACAUGUGAGUGUAAUCCUGGCUACGUGAAAGAUGACGAUGCCUGUGUGGAUCCGAUAGAAUUAUGCCGAGCGAAGUGCCUUCACGGAUUUUGCGAUGGGCAAGCGAAGUGUAACUGCCAUCGAGGUUACAUUAUGAAUGCCGUUGGCUUAUGUGAGAAGACAUGUCCAGAUGGUUGCAUCAAUGGAGACUGCAUCGGAGGAGAAUGUCUUUGCUACGAAAACUACCGGCUUUCACUGGGCAAUGCUUCGUUUUGUGAGCCAAUUUGUGAAGACGACUACGAAUACGAAAGUGGCUGCAUAAAUGGACGAUGUGUACAACCGAAUAUUUGCCAGUGCGACGAUGGGUAUGACUUUGUGGAUGGAAGUCGUACGAAGUGUCAAUCGAUUGAAGAGAUUCGAGCGGAGAAGGAACGACUACUGAUGGAGAAGAUGUGUGCAAAAUGGUGCAGCAAUGGGGCAUGCGAGCAAGGUUAUUGCCAGUGCUCAAUGGGUUAUGUCAAUCCUGCAGGAGAAAACCAUCGAUGUGAAGCGCUAUGCGAGCCGUCUUGCAGGAACGGAACGUGUGUGCUGCCGAAUCGCUGCGAAUGCGAUCAAGGCUAUGAGUUCUAUAACGAAAGUUCGCAUAUUUGCCUACGGACAGAUGAAGUUAACCGUUUCAAGAUACAACUGAAGCAAAGUUUAUGUGAAGCUAAUUGCCGAAAUGGAAAUUGCGAGGAAGGUAAAUGUUUCUGUAAUGUGGGCUUCCAACCUGCCGCGGGUGAUGAGUUCAAUUGUCAACCGUACUGUGAGAAGCCUUGCCUUAAUGGAGUCUGUGCAGGGGAUAACCGCUGUAGAUGUUUCGAGGGCUAUGAGAAUGUUAACGACCCAAGCCAGUGUGAGCCGGCAUGUGAGUUCGGAUGUUUGAAUGGCCUCUGUGUAGGGCCCAACGAGUGCAGAUGUUUGGCAGGAUACGUUUUUGAAGAAGGUAGUCUGCACCGAUGCGAAAGCGAGCUGUUCAAAAUAGAACUGGCUACAAAAGAACGUCAGAAGGCUUGCAAAAAUAAGUGUACCAACGGAAUUUGUGUGGCAGGUAUUUGCAAAUGUGUUGAAGGUUUCUACAAUAUUGACAAAACGAAAAUGACGUGUGAGCCAUGGUGCGCCGAGGGAUGUUCGAAUGGGCAAUGUACAGCCCCCGGAGAAUGUAUUUGCAACGACGGCUUUGAGUUAACGAAGGAUCAUGGAUGCAAAGCCAUUUGUACUCAGGAUUGUGUCAAUGGAUAUUGCAAUGAACCGGGAAGAUGUGACUGCUUCCCAGGAUUCAAAAGAACCAUGGAUGUCAACAUGUGUGAACCCGAUUGUGGGGAGGACGGCUGUUCACACGGCCACUGUGUGGCUCCGGGAGUCUGCGAAUGCUUCGCUGGGUAUCAGCAGAGCGAAGAAGAUGAUACGCGAUGUCAGUUGAUACCGGAGAUCAUCUACAAAGUUGAUAGUCAUAGCCAUAGCCUGAUCUACAACGUAGCAUACAUCAAGUAUAUGGUCCCGCUGGUGGUGGUGGCGGUCCUCAUGACCGCCGCCCUCAUAACCAUGAUUGUCCUACGCAACAAGCGCAAGGAUUAUCAUGUCGGCAAGCUCGAGAGGAAAGAGAAUUGCGUCUACUUUAUGCCACAGACACCGCUGGACGUCGGCGGAAAGGACGAAGAGGACAGAUUUAGUGUUUGAUGAUCGUCAAGAGAUUAUUGAAUGAUUGGGGAUCGAGUGCCUGAUUUGAUGGAUGUCAUCAGAGUAAUUGUACAUAGAAUAACGUUGGAGGCAAGUCUAGAUUACAACAACGAAUGCGUACUGUUGUUUAUUUAUUUUAAUAAGCGAAAACGAAACCAUUGAAUAAAUAUAACGAAUAUUUGUA